AUGAUAAGAAGAUGCGUUUGGGGUGGUAAGACUAGGAGAAUUUUGGAUGAAUGCCUCUAUGGUCCUACCGGUGGGCAUUAUGGGCCAUCGGUGACGGGAAAGAAAGUGUUUGAUGCGGGUUUCUAUUGGCCCACCAUUUUCAAGGAGGCUCAAACGCCAGUGGAGACAUGUGAUGCAUGUCAAAGGCAAGGCACUAUCACGAGAAGAGAUGAAAUGCCCCAACAACCCAUCCAAGUUUGUGAAGUUUUCGAUGUGUGGGGUAUUGACUUCAUCGGCCCGUUUCCACCAUCCAACAAGUGUCUCUAUAUUUCGGUUGCGGUUGACUAUGUCUUGAAGUUGGGUGAAGCAAAAGCCUUACCUACCAAUGAUGGCAAGGUUGUGAUUGAUUUCUUGAAGGCUUAG